UUUUGUCUGUUUCAUCAACUCAAUGUGUAUAUAUAUGCAUACAUACAUAUAACAAUCUUGCAUUUUGUGCUAGAAUUCUUCCCACCAAUGAAAACAAAGAGAUAUGGAGGUUGGAGAAAGAGAUCAAACAAUUGAUUCUGAAAGUUAUUUAUCAUCACAAGUUACAAAACCAAAGCCGUAUAGGUCAUAAUCAAAAGGACCUUCUUCAGAUAAUUCUUGAGAAUACGAUUGAUGAGGACAAAAAUAGCCGUGGUGUGUGGGGAAUGUUGAAGAAGCUCAAGCAUAAACAUGAAACCCAAAAACUUAUUGUGGAUAUAUGCAAAAACAUCUACUUCGCAGGCUCCGAUACUACUGCUGCUUUACUCACUUGGACACUUAUUCAGCUCUCCUUGCAUCCUCAAUGGCAAGAUCGUCUUCGAGCUGAGAUUUUUGGAGCCUUCCCGAACGUGUCGCCUCACUGCUUUCGUGACAUGGAUAAACUUCAAAAGAUGAAACAAGAGAGUCUACGACUAUAUGGGCCGGGAACAAGAGUUACAAGGGAGGCACUUGAAGAGGUGAAGGUGGGGGGCUUGGUGGUUCCAAAAGGAACACACAUUUGGGUGUUCAUCAGUGCAAUGCAGAGAGACAUAGAGAUAUGGGGAGAAGAUGCUAAUGAGUUUAAGCCAGAGAGGUUUGAAGGGUGUGUUUCAGAGGCUUGUAAGUAUCCCCAAGCUUACUUACCAUUUGGAUUCGGGAGUCGAAUAUGUAUAGGCCAGAAAUUUGCCAUUAUAGAAGCCAAGGUUUCUCUCAUUCUUUUACUAGCAAACUUUUCCUUCUCCAUUUCCCCUAAUUAUAGUCACUGUCCUUCCGUGAAAUUUGUCCUGUUUCCCAAAUAUGGAGCACCCCUUCUAGUUACCAAGAUCUAAUAUGUAUCAUGAUAUUGUU